ACAGACAUAAUUAACUGUAAAUGACGACUUCGACAAUAACAAAAUGCCAAAAAAUCGUACUCUGAUAUAUUUGCUAUUGCUUUUAGCCAAUAGUGUCUUGAUCAUAUGUGAAACAAAUUUUCCACCUGUAUUCCGUCAAGUUAACAAUAACAUCGUUUUAUCGGAAAGUACACCAGUUGGUACGGUGGUUUACAAACUCGAAGGUUCCGAUCCAGAAGGUAGCAAUAUUACAUUCGGUUCAAUUGGUUCAGAACAUUUCGAAGUUGAUCCCUUAUCGGGAAAUAUAACAUUAAUAAAACCUCUCGAUCGUGAGGAAAAAGAUAGUCUAUCGUUUUUAAUAACCGUAAGGGAUCAAGUAAGCGAUGAAGGUGAAUCGGAAUUUGAUAAUAUUGUUCAGGACACUCUGACCUUUAUAAUAUCCGAUGAAAAUGACAAUGCCCCAGAGUUUGUAAAUACACCAUAUGGUGUAGAUGUUUCCGAAGAUACUCCAGUAGGCACAACAAUAUUCAGAAAUAUUUUGGUCAAAGAUCGUGAUAUUGUUGGAGAAAGUUUAGAUAUAAAAUGUAUUGCCCAAACCCAAUCACCAGAUGCCUGUGACAAAUUCCGUUUGGAUAUUGUGACAAGUGAACCCACAGUCCUUACUGCUAAUGUUAUCCUAAAUGAAGCUUUAAAUUAUAAUCAGCGCACAAUUUAUCAUUUUAUAAUAGAAGCUACGGAUGGAGUGCAUGAAACGCAAACUCACUUCGAGGUACGAGUAAAAGACAUACAAGACAAACCUCCUGUAUUUCUGGAAUACAAAUCGAAUGUUAUUGACGAAGAUGCUCCCAUAAAUACAUUGGUUUUGAAAAUUCAAGCAAGAGAUGGCGAUACCGGAGAACCAAGAAAAAUUGUCUAUGAUUUGGUGACAAAUCCCAUGGACUAUUUUCUAUUAGAUGAACAUACCGGUGAAUUACGCACCGCAAAACCUCUAGAUCGUGAAGCCUUGCCAGAUGGCUCUGGUAUAAUGAAACUUACGGUACGAGCCAGAGAAGUUGUCAAUGGUGUACCGAGCAAUGAUCCCAUGGAAAGUAGUACCACAACUGUGACAAUCACAAUACGUGAUGUAAAUGAUUCACCACCCACAUUUAAUCGCAAAGAAUAUGAGGUAUCGUUGCCGGAAAAUACAGCCACGGGUACACCAUUAGCAUUGGAUAUGAAUGUAACAGAUCGUGAUGUUGGCAUUAAUUCGAAAUUCUCCUUACGACUUGAUGAUGUUUCGGAUGUCUUUGAUGUCGAGCCGAAAUUUGUAACUGGCUUCUCUCAAGUUCAUAUACGGGUGGCCAAUGGUACAUUGGAUUAUGAAAAUCCCAAUCAGCGGAAAUUUAUUGUACUGGUGAUUGCCGAAGAGACCGAUACAAACCCUAAACUUAGUUCCACGGCAACCAUAACGGUUUCCGUCUUAGACGUCAACGACAAUAAGCCCAUGUUUGAAGAGCAAUCGUAUUCGGCUUCUGUAUCCGAAUCUGCUCUACCAGGACAAUAUAUUGCCACAAUAACUGCCAAGGAUUUGGAUUCAGGUAGUUAUGGUGAUGCUGGUAUUCGCUAUAGUUUAUCGGGUAAUGGUGCUGAGUUGUUUGAUGUUAACGAAAAAACUGGUGUCAUAUCGCUGGCAGAUUGUCACAAGAAACCUUCGAAAACCUGUUUGGACUAUGAAACAGAGACAACAUACUUUUUGACCUAUAAUGCCCGAGAUGAUGAAGGUCGCGGACAAAAUACCGUCGUUUCCUUGCGCAUUUCAGUUAUAGAUGCCAAUGACUCACCACCAGUUUGUGAAAGUCCCCACUAUCGAGCAUCUGUUGAUGAGGGUUCACAUGUUUUUGAUGCUCCCCUGUUUGUAAAGGCUCGCGAUGCCGAUACCGUCUCGGAGAUUUCCUAUAGUAUUAUUGGUGAUAAACAUAUCCUGGAUACUUUUGUCAUUGAUAAAGAAUCUGGCCAGAUUACCAUACGACCAAAUGCCACACUAGAUGUUACCCACUUAAAUAAUGAUAAUCUUGUAUUUGCUGUAGAGGCCAAUGAUGGUCUGUACACGGCAAAUUGUAUGGUAAAUGUUACGGUGCGUGAUGUUAACAAUCAUAAGCCACAUUUUUUGGCCGAUAACUAUCAGGCUGAUGUUGAAGAAAAUUCCGAAAUUGGACGCAGUGUAGAAAAAUUAGAAGCUGAAGAUUUAGAUUCGGGCAUAAAUGCCCAGCUGAAAUAUCGCAUACAGCAUGGAAGUUUUGAUGAUUUUCGCAUUGAUGAAAAUACUGGAGAGGUAUUUGUGUCACGAAAAUUGGAUUAUGACAAGCGUAAUACCUAUGAAAUUGAAGUAAUUGCCAUGGAUAUGGGCACACCAAGUCUAUCAGGGACUGCCACAUUGACAGUGAAUAUAAUUAAUAGCAAUGAUAAAGAUCCCUAUUUUACACCAGCCACACAAUAUGCCGAGGUCCGCGAGGAUACCCUUGUUGGUACUGUUUUCUAUACUCUAUUAGCUAUUGAUCCGGAUGUCUCAUCACGCGAUUCGCUAGAAUUUGCUGGGGUUAAUAUCACGGCCGUUGACAAAGAUGGCAAUGAAGUUGAAAACAGUGAACAAUUCAAGGAAUACUUUACAAUUACACGAAGUGGCAAAGUUAUGGUUAAUAAAAAACUUAAUCGAAAUUUAUUUGCUGUAAUCCGCAUAAAUGUAUUGGUCACUGAUAGCACUGCACCCACGGUCCAACAAGGCAUGGGCCUUUUGAUAAUACAAAUUAUCGAUGUCAAUGAAGUUGCACCGAAAUUCAAUUUACCCUGGACGCCCGAAAAUCCUGUCAUCAAAUUACAAAUGGUUGAAGAACAACCAAUCGGUACAGUACUAACAACACUACAGGCCUAUGACGAAGAUUCUACAAUUGGAGAAUAUGAUAUAUCGGAUAAUGACUACUUUGAAAUUAACAAAUCCAGCGGUGUAAUCACAUUAACCAAACGUCUGGACUAUGAAACAAUUAAGGAAGUGAAAUUUAUUGCUACAGUUAGUGACACAGGAGUGCCACCUUUAACCUCGACGGCCGACGUUAUUGUCGAUGUUAUAAAUCUAAACGAUAAUGAACCACAGUUUACACAAAAUGAGUAUUAUUUUAAUAUAACUGAAAAUUCACCCAUUGGUACAGUGGCGGGUAAAGUUGAGGCAUUCGAUAAAGAUUUGGGAGCAUUUGGUGAGGUAACAUAUUCGCUCAUCGGAGAGAAUAAUAAAUAUUUUACCAUUGAUUCAUAUACGGGUAAUAUAAUGGUUUCGAACUCAUCGAUAUUGGAUCGUGAGAAAGUUAAACAGCUAACAUUAACAACGGUGGCCAAAGAUAAGGCCCCCACCACAGUACAAAAAUCUACAUCAGCGGCGAUCUAUUUAAAUAUUUUGGAUGUAAACGAUAAUGCGCCGGAAUUUACCCAAAAUGAAUAUACGUCGACUGUGGCAGAAAAUGCCGCCUUAAAUCCUCCGGCUGCAGUGUUACAAGUUAAGGCUUUUGAUUUGGAUGAGGGUAUAUUUGGUGAUGUACGUUAUGUAAUAAUAGCCGGCAAUGAGGAGGGACUUUUCCGCUUAGAUGCCCAAACUGGUAUUCUAUAUCCUGCCCAGAGUCUUAAUGGUAAAAAGGGAGUCUAUGAGUUGACAAUAUCGGCAAGAGAUACACAAGGUUCCGGUACAAUGGAGGCCACAACUAAGGCUAUUGUAAAUGUUAUGGGUGUUAAUCAACAUCGUCCGGUGUUUGUAAUACCGGCAUCAUCUAAUGCUACUAUCGAAAUUCCAGGGGAUGUUGUGCCCAAGGAUUAUCUAAUUUUAACGGUAAAAGCCACAGACGAUGACCCCGAUGAAAAUGGUAAAAUAUUUUAUCAUUUACAAGUAAAAGAUCAAAAUCUUCAAGAAACCGAUGAAUUUAAAAUCGAUGCUGAAACUGGGGAGCUAAGGACCAAUGGUGAUCUCCAUCGCAAGGAAAAAGCCAAUUAUGAUUUAAUUUUGGUAGCCAGCGAUAAUGGCAAUCCGAAACCUUUUGAAACAUUACGUUUCCUAACAAUCAGUAUUAUUGAUGCCAACGAAAACAGACCCGAAUUUCCAGAUGCCAGCAAUCCCUAUAAGAUUUCCAUAUUGGAAAACAAUGAGCGUAAUAUAAAAAUUGGUAAAAUCCAGGCAACGGCCCGCAAUAAACACAACAAGGACGUUUUCUAUUAUAUGUUGCUGGGCAAUGAAGAUGGGGCUUUUGUUGUGGACAAAGCAACGGGAGAUAUUUAUACCAACAAAACAUUGGAUAGAGAAACCACCGAUUUUUAUACCCUCUAUAUAUUGGCUAGCAUCAAACGUGAUCUCCACAUAUCCGACGAAGAACGUGCAUCAUUCUCCAUUAAAACAUUAGAUCGUGACAAUACCGUGGCCAAGGUUCUCAUUACCGUUUUAGAUCAAAAUGAUAAUCCACCCAUAUUUGAAACCGAUAUCUAUUAUGCUGGUGUCAAUGCCAAAUCACCAAUUGGUACAAUUAUAACUACUGUAAAUGCCUCGGAUGCGGAUGCUGGAAAGAAUGCCUAUAUUGAGUACAUGAUUAUUGCUUCGAAUUUAUAUAAAUAUGGGGCAACGAAGAGUACCGGCUCUAUUGUACCAAGUCCAUUUGCUAUUUCACCAGAGGGUCGAGUAACAACGGGGGCAUUUGUGGCCGAAUACAAUCAGGAUCGUUUUGAAUUGGAAAUUGUGGCAAAAGAAAUGGAGAAACCAGAACGUGUGGCCAGAACUAGGGUUAUUGUUUGGAUUUAUGACUACAGUCAAUUGGUACGAGUUAUUCUGUCACGACCACCGGAAGAAGUCUAUCAGCAGCAGGAAGAAAUUGUGGCCGAACUGCGUAAUGCAACUCAGCAUCGUAUUAUUGUUGAUGAGAUACGUUUCCAUGUCGAUUCUAUGGGACGGAUACGUAUGGAUUGGUCGGAUUUAUAUUUCCAUGCUGUUGAUCCACAAACUCAACAAAUUUCGGCUGUUGAUGAAAUUUUGAAAGUCAUUGAUGCCAAUUAUGAUUAUUUGCGGGAUUACUAUGCUGGUUUUGCCAUUGAAAAUGUUGUACCCGCCUACAUCACAAUUGUCCAGGAAGAAUUUGAUCUGGCCGUUGCAGGUUUGGUUGCAUUGGUAAUUGUCCUAUUUGUGGGUGUUGUUAGUUUUAUUGUAUUAUGCUGUUGUCUCAAGCAUUGGAAUUUAUCAGUGCCAACGGAAAAUCGUCGAAAAGAGGCUUUAAUAAAGAAACAAAUUAUUGAAGAUCUCAAUACAACCGAAAAUCCUUUGUGGAUUGAACAAAAACUAAAAUUAUAUGAGGAACAAGAACUGACUAUGCAAGUGUUUUCGGAACCCGAUCACAUAUCCAAUUCUGAUAUACAAGGUCAUAUGGACCAUUGUGGUUCAAUGGAACAGCAGCAUGUUGUUGAUAAUACAUAUGCCACAAUACAGCCACGUAAUCAUGGCGGAAAUUCAACGGGUAUGGUGGGUGGUGGUGGUGGCGGCGUUAAUGGCGGUCAAAAUCCCAAUAAUGGUGUGGGACCAAGCAGUCAUGGCCGUAUCGAUCCACAUAUGAAUGAUUUUGCUGAUUAUGCAACAUUACGCAAUAACAGGGUACCUUCGAUGUUUGAGUUUACUGGUUCCACAUUUCAGGCCCCAAUUAGGGAUGGUGAUGAUGUUGUCACCGAAUUAAUAUAAUAUCAU